AUGUCCUCCGUGAAUUCGAAUAGCACCCCGAGUCACUCCACUGUUGACCCCCUUAGCGAGCUUCAUGCACGCUUGCGUUCGUUAGAAGAUGAAAAUGAGUACUAUAACCAGCUAAAGGCACGCGCACAAAAUGCUUUAGAGAGCCAUCGCAGUGAUCUGACACUGCUUCAGCAAAAAGAAAGAGCCAUCUUUGCCGCAAGAGAAGAUGAUCUCCGCCUUCAGCUUCAGGAAGCCCUUCAAUUCAACCGUAAGGCGUUUGAGAAAAUUGAGGAGGCGCAGCGGAAAGCUCACCAAGAGCUGCGGGAGGAAAUAUUGGCCACCCGCACUGAAGGCUCGACACGACUGAACUCCCUGCAAGAGGAGCUGGAGGCACUCUGGCGCGAGCGGCUCAAGUUGGAGCGUGAUCUUAUGAAUCUUGAAGGUGAAGCAAAUAGGAUCAAAGACAUCGUUCGGGAUGAUAUUUAUGAACAGUCGUGUUUGCAUGCCGAGCUACAAGAGGCCAAGCAGGCUUUGUUAGAUAGUCUUCAUCAACUUGCUGCGACGGAUCGUUCUCGUGGUACGUGUUCUAAGGGUGCUUUGGAGACGCCUACUGUACUCAAAACUCCUGCCUUGUUAUCACCCCGGUGUGUGGAGUCGCCGAAGAAACGUUUUAUUCCAAGUGGUCCCACCAUUCCACGCGCAAGAAGUGGACCACCCUCACGACAUGGCAGUCGUCGGUGCCGUUGUGCUUGUUCACUCUCUUCACCCUUACGAGCAGCCCGCGACCGGCGAGAUGGUUCUGGCAAUAUCCCCGAAUCGCACAACCUCGCAUCGAUGGUUUCCACGCUGGAGCGGCGGAACUAUUUACGCCCGAGGGCAUAUCUGCAGCGCCACGGCCGGGAUAUGGGUUACCAGUCGGCAUCGAUCAAAAUCAUUGGCUGUGCGCCUCUGCCUCUUUUAUCUGCCUCUCCGGCGACGGUAGUUACCCCGAGUUUGAGGUCGCCGCCGCGGGUGUCUGCCGGUGAGGCGAAUACGAGAGCUCCCAGGAUGAGCACAACUGAGGGUUCCCCUUCUGAAAACAAAUCAGCCACAAUCGAUGCCAACAGCCCAUCCACAUCCAGUUCGGUUAGCAAUAAUAGGGGUAACUUUUCCAUACCCCAACAGCAAACUCAGCGGGAGUCGCAUUCUCCCAAAACACGUCCCCACUCCAAAAGCUGCGCCAAGUGUUUCGACUCCUCGCCGUCCGGCCCACGCUCGCCAGCGCCUAUUACAGAUGGACUUACGUUGGAUGCCGCAUGUCAGAUGCUGAAGGAGGAAAUUGCCGAGUUAGAGGGGGCAUACGCCGCGUUUUAUGAACAGCUGCAUGACCCCUGUUGCGACUCUGUGGCGGCGAGUCAGCAGAUGCGGCAGCUGAUGGCGGUGAUCGAUCGAAAGGUUGACCAACUCCAGACGCUGCGUUUUCAACAGCAGAAACAUCAAGAGAAAUUGCGAAUUCAACACGUCUUGAAGCAGGUAGAACGUGAGAACAAUUGGUGUGAGCAGGUGUACUCUAAUAUUGUUCACUUAGUUAGGACACCGUAG